CUCUAUGCUACUUGCUAGCCUUGAGCUUUAACAUGGCAUCGUUUAUUAUGAAACCUGCUCACCUCCGCUGUGUUGUACGGACUGGCAGGCUCUUAAGCGAGUAUCGAACAAGGAAAACAUUGUGCUCUGACAGAAGUUUUGCCACUGAAGGAGACAACAGGACACCCAAAAUAUACACCAAAACUGGAGACAAAGGUUUCUCCAGCACAUUUACAGGGGAAAGGAGGCCAAAGGAAGAUCUUAUAUUUGAAGCCCUGGGAAAUACAGAUGAGCUGUCAUCAGCUAUAGGCUUGGCCAGAGAGUUUUGCCUCGACAAAGGACAUGCAUUCACCCAUCAGCUGGACAAGAUACAGUGCAUUUUGCAAGACGUGGGCUCCAAUAUUGCCACCCCUCGAUCAUCUGCAAGAGAAAGUCACAUGAAGAGAACACAAUUUACUGCUCAGCCAAUUGCAGAUCUGGAAACCUGGAUUGAUAAAUUCACUGAAGAACUCCCUCCACUGACCAACUUCAUUUUACCUUCUGGAGGGAAGAGCAGCGCAGCUUUGCACUUGGCUCGGACCGUGUGUCGGAGAGCAGAACGCAGCGUUGCCCCCAUUGUGCGGUCAGGGGAGGCAGAUCCAGAUGUUGCCAAGUUUUUGAACAGAUUGAGCGACUACCUGUUCACCGUGGCCAGAUACACAGCCAUGAAAGAAGGCAACGAGGAGAAAAUCUACAAAAGACCUGAAUGACCACAUCCUCACAUGAGGAAUAAGACCAAUGCUUAAUUAUCUUUUUGGGGGUUAGGGUAGAUGGUGAUACAGGUAUUUAAUUUUUAUUGUAAAUAUAUUAAUAAAACUGAAAAGAUCAAAAGUA